GGGCCCCCUGCAGAGGAUGCUGGCCUCAGCAUUGAAGAGAAGCCGCUUCCUCAGAGGGGCUAAGUGCUGUGAAUGCAGUGCCUCCCUUUCACACCAGUACUACGAGAAGGAUGGGCAGCUCUUCUGCAAGAAGGACUACUGGGCCCGCUAUGGCGAGUCUUGCCACGGGUGCUCGGAGCACAUCACCAAGGGUCUGGUCAUGGUGGCUGGGGAGCUGAAGUACCACCCCGAGUGCUUCAUCUGCCUCACGUGUGGGACCUUCAUUGGUGACGGGGACACCUACACACUGGUGGAGCACUCCAAGCUGUACUGCGGACACUGCUACUGCCAGACCGUGGUGACCCCCGUCAUCAAGCAGAUCCUGCCUGACUCCCCUGGCUCUCACCUGCCCCACACAGUCACCUUCGUGUCCAUCCCAGCCUCAGCUCAUGGCAAACGUGGCCUCUCGGUCUCCAUCGACCCCCCUCACGGCCCGCCAGGCUGUGGCACAGAGCACUCCCACACCGUCCGCGUCCAGGGAGUGGACCCGGGCUGCAUGAGCCCAGAUGUGAAGAAUUCCAUCCACGUCGGAGACCGGAUCCUAGAAAUCAAUGGCACGCCCAUCCGGAACGUGCCCCUGGAUGAGAUUGAUCUGCUCAUCCAGGAAACCAGCCGCCUCCUCCAGCUGACCCUUGAGCAUGACCCCCAUGACACCCUGGGCCAUGGGCUGGGGCCUGAGCCCAGCCCUCUGGGCUCCCCAGUGCACACUCCCAGUGGGGAGGUGGGCAGCUCUGCCCGGCAUAAGCCUGUCUUGAGGAGCUGCAGCAUCGACAGGUCUCCAGGUGCCGGCUCGCUGGCCUCUCCAGCCUCCCAGUGCAAGGAUCUAGGUCGCUCUGAGUCCCUCCGUGUGGUCUCUCGGCCACACCGCAUCUUCCGGCCAUCAGACCUCAUCCAUGGGGAGGUGUUGGGCAAGGGCUGCUUCGGCCAGGCCAUCAAGGUGACGCACCGUGAGACUGGCGAGGUGAUGGUAAUGAAGGAGUUGAUCCGAUUUGACGAGGAGACCCAGAGGACGUUCCUCAAGGAGGUGAAGGUCAUGCGUUGCCUGGAGCACCCCAAUGUGCUCAAGUUCAUCGGGGUGCUGUACAAGGACAAGAGGCUCAACUUCAUCACCGAGUACAUCAAGGGGGGCACCCUCUGGGGCAUCAUCAAGAGCAUGGACAGCCAGUACCCGUGGAGCCAGAGGGUGAGCUUUGCCAAGGACAUCGCCUCAGGGAUGGCCUACCUCCACUCUAUGAACAUCAUCCACAGGGACCUCAACUCCCACAACUGCCUGGUGCGUGAGAACAAGAAUGUGGUGGUGGCCGACUUCGGGCUGGCACGGCUCAUGGUUGAUGAGAAGACUCAGCCCGAGGACCUGCGAAGCCUCAAGAAGCCAGACCGCAAGAAGCGGUAUACUGUGGUAGGCAACCCCUACUGGAUGGCCCCCGAGAUGAUCCACGGACGCAGCUAUGACGAGAAGGUGGAUGUGUUUUCCUUUGGCAUUGUCCUGUGCGAGAUCAUUGGGCGGGUGAAUGCAGACCCCGACUACCUGCCCCGCACCAUGGACUUUGGCCUCAAUGUUAGAGGCUUCCUGGACCGCUACUGCCCCCCAAACUGCCCCCCGAGCUUCUUCCCCAUUACUGUGCGCUGCUGCGAUCUGGACCCUGAGAAGAGGCCUUCCUUCGUGAAGCUGGAACACUGGCUGGAGACCCUCCGCAUGCACUUGGCCGGCCACCUGCCACUGGGCCCACAGCUGGAGCAGCUGGACAGGGGCUUCUGGGAGACCUACCGGCGUGGUGACAGUGGACUGCCUGCCCACCCAGAGGUCCCCGACUGAGUCUGGCCCACCCAGCUGCCCCGUCCCCACCUCUGGAGAAUCUACCCUCACCAGAUUCCUCUGCAGGAGGUGGCCAGGGGUGGGGCCUUGGCCAGAGCAGGCCCUGACUUGCCUUCUCCCACCCUGCAGCUGGCACCCCCACCCUCCUGUGCCCCAGCCCCAGUGCUGGCCCAGCUGCGUGCACACUGUCACUCUGCCCUGCCUCACCUGUCUUGGUGGGGCCUCCGCCCCUCGCUUCCCCUUGCAUGAGCUGGAGGGCCCUGAGAGUGGCGCCCAGUCCACUCACCACCAGCCGUCCUGCGCAUGCUGCCCGUCUGCAGCUCCCCCAGGGCGGCUGGAAGGCAGCCUCCGAACCAUGCCCUGUCAUGCAGGGUGCGUGGAGGGCGUGUGUGAAGGGGAGGCCAAGUUCCCAGGAGUCUGCGUUCCCAGGAGCCACAUGGGGAGUCGGGCUCAUUACCCCUAGGGGUUGUCUAGGUAGCAACAGGUAUUGAUAAUUGCCCAAAUGCCCAGAGCAGAGAGAGGUCUGACCCUGCAGAACAGAAGUCCCCAUGGGCUAGGCAACAGCCCUUUCUCUUGCUUUGGGUCUUUUUUGUUUGUUUGUCAAAGCCACUUUAGUGAGAAGUAGGUACCAGGCCUCAGGGUGCAGAGGGGUCCCUUGCGGGAGAGGGGAGCCUUGGUGCCUGAGCCAGAGCUGCUGGGAGUGCAGCCCAGGCAGAGGGAGGUCGGGCAGAGCAGACAGGGCGAGCGGCCACAAGCACCCAGCCCGAAGUUCAUCUCAGCCCCCCUCCCGCCUCUCCCCCGCGUCUCUUGCCAGUGGCUGCAGCAGCCUCGGCCCCUCCUCAUGCCCCUCUGUCCUCUGGGUUCUUUCUGUGUAAUCUAUUUUUUAAAAAGAGUUUGUAUUAUUUUUUCAUAUGGCUGCAGCAGCAGCUGCUGGGAGCUUGGGGUUUUAUUUUUUUGGCGGGUGGGGUAGGAGGGCCAUUUUGUCACUUUGCCUCAGUUGAGCAUCUAGGAAGUAUUAAAACUGUGAAGCUUUCUCAGUGCACUUUGAACCUGGAACACAAUCCCAAGAGGCCCGUGGGACCACAAUUUAGGGAGGCAGGACCCACUCGCCUCCAUCCAGGAACCGUGAUGUUUAAGGAAGAAGCCCCAGAUGCAGAACAAUAAACUACAUUCUGUACUCCCCA